AUGGGGGGGGCAUCUGUUUCGGGCAGAGAGGGUGGAGGGGCGCGCACGGAUUGCUGGGAUCCUUCUCCUCGUCUCCCCUCCCCAGUUCAGUCCUCCCACUUCCCGGCAUGCUUUGGGUUCUCCAAAUGGGAGGGGGAGACGCAAGAUGGCGGCAGCCGCGAACUCAGGCUCCAGUCUCCCGCUGUUCGAUUGCCCGACUUGAAACUGAUCAUUGAUGAAAAGAAGUAUUACCUGUUUGGGAGAAACCCUGAUCUAUGUGAUUUUACCAUUGAUCACCAAUCUUGCUCCCGAGUCCAUGCUGCCUUGGUCUACCACAAGCAUCUGAAGAGAGUUUUCCUAAUAGAUCUCAACAGUACACACGGCACAUUCUUGGGUCACAUUCGAUUGGAGCCUCACAAACCACAACAGAUCCCCAUCGACUCCACAGUCUCAUUUGGUGCAUCUACACGGGCGUAUACUCUUCGUGAGAAGCCUCAGACGUUGCCAUCAGCGGUGAAAGGAGAUGAGAAAAUGGGUGGAGAGGAUGAUGAACUCAAGGGCUUACUGGGCCUCCCAGAAGAGGAGACUGAGCUUGAUAACUUGACAGAGUUCAACACAGCCCAUAACAAACGGAUUUCUACUCUCACCAUUGAGGAAGGGAAUUUGGACAUCCAGAGACCAAAGCGGAAACGGAAGAACUCUAGGGUAACUUUCAGUGAAGACGAUGAGAUCAUCAAUCCAGAAGACGUUGAUCCUUCUGUUGGCAGAUUCAGAAACAUGGUACAGACUGCAGUGGUCCCAGUUAAGAAGAAACGCGUCGAGGGCCCUGGUUCCCUCAGUUUGGAGGAGUCAGUGAGCAGGCGCAUGCAGAACUUUCCAUUCAGCGGAGGAUUGUAUGGGGGCCUGCCCCCUACCCACAGUGAGGCAGGCUCACAGUCACAUGGCAUCCAUGGGACUGCACUCAUUGGUGGCCUGCCCAUGCCCUACCCAAACCUCGCGCCUGAGGUGGACUUGACCCCUGUUGUGCCAUCAGCAGUGAAUAUGAACCCUGCACCAAACCCUGCGGUCUACAAUCCCGAAGCUGUAAACGAGCCCAAGAAGAAGAAAUAUGCAAAGGAGGCUUGGCCUGGCAAGAAGCCCACACCCUCCUUAUUGAUUUGAUAUUUUUGGUCCUGGGGUGGGGUGGGAAUUGGGUGGAAGGGUGGUUUGGGGGGCUAAUGAACUGAGGAAAAAAAAACUUUCCAUGUGUGCAGUAUCGUCUUUCAGAAUGUCUCUUGGUGUCCUAACCAUGUAAUUUUAUGACGGGCUGGGGUUGGGGUUGAAAUAUCCCGUUAAAGAUCUGUCUUCAGAACGCUUUCUAUGUAUAGAAAUUUAUUUCAUGCAUCUUUUGAGCUAAACUGCCCAGCCACCUUUUCUCCAGGCCCUUUGACCUCCCUUCUAGGAUCAUUUUUUUAUUUGAAGUUAUAUAUAUAUUGUUUGUAAUGAACACCAGGCCCUCAAGAUGAGUUGGAUGGCCAUGUAGCAGGAAAGCUGCUAGUGUUACUGAUAAUGUGGGUCAUGUGACCUGAUUUGUAUUUGCUAUACUUGAAAUUCCCAGAUAGAGUUGAUUUUAAUGAAUUUUUCCUAUGAUAAUAGGGUUCUCAUGAAUUAUAGACUGGUCAUAAAAGGGUUCUAGAGUUCUUCAUGAAAACCUAAUCUAGGUUUAAACUUAAAGCUUUUCCCCAGGUCCGCAAGUUGGAGUCCUAUAGUUAGACCUGUUCCCUUCUGUCCUUACUGUUGGGAUAAGAAUGAUUAGAUCCAGGUCUGUAGUUGCGGUUAAAACAUGAUUGUAAUUUGACCUGUGGUUUUGUUUUUUAGAAAACAUCAGCACUCCAUUUGCUAAUGUUUCUCAUUUGAUUCCAGGGUGCUGUUUUCUCAAGGCUUUAUUUCUCCUGUCAAGAGGCGUUAGGAAGAUGAUUUUAAAAAAAGGCUAUGACCAGUUUAGGGUAGUUUAAAUUGAACAUUAAAAUAUUUUAUUUGGCAAGUGACCAUCUCUUGAGGAGGAUGACUUUAUGACUAGAUUCGGCAGCUUUUCCCCUCCCUGUGAUGUGAGUCCUUGGUAGCUCAGAACUUUUAAGGCUUGUCUUGGCCAAGCCACAUAGGAGGCAAAGGGAGGGAACAUCGAUGGGAGAUUUGGACAGAGGUUUGUACAUUUGUGAAAUAGACUUUUUUCCACACUUUCUGUGUAGCUUUUUACCUGUAACCUUGACUACAUUGUAAAUUAAAUGCGACUUUUUGCCAUUUGGGCUGGGUUAAUGUUUCAGUCCCCAUCCCCUACUCCCACGUGGUUAGGAACUGUUUUCCAUCCCAGAAUAUACUGAUCUGUUCCCAUUUUGGUGCUGCAAAUGAAGAUUCCCGAUGAAGAUGGAAGUUCUAAUUAGCUUUGUAGGUCCCCCAGCUCGAGCUGAAGGAUGUAAAAUAGGUUAACAUGUACUGACCUUCUUCAUGGAGAGAAAACUGCUGUAGUCCUGCUCACCCAAAGGUGUAUUAUACAAAGCUGCCUCCCAGCCCCUCAAGCAGUACCUUCACCUCCUGGGACCAAUUAUAUAUGUUUUUGAGGUGUGUGGUGGUAGACUAAACUGAAGCCAAAGGUUAAGAUAGUGGAGUUUUGCAGUUAAAUAAAGGUAAUAGCUUUUUAA